GGAAAAGAAAAAAGUGAUUUUAAAGGGAAUAUGCUACAAAUUACAUAGAUCUAUCAUUAAGAUACUUAAUAGGAGUUGAAGAAAACAUGUGGAUAUUCAAAUAAAUACAUCGAUGUAAAGGAGUUAUGGUGACAAUUACAUAUGAAAGAGGAAUUACGAAGGAAUUGAAAUUGACUUCAGAUUAAAUGCUAUAUUAUACUAAGCACGAACCAAAUAGAAGAAAUUUGAAAUAGAAAAGAAUGAAGGAUAUUAUCAAUGAAUGAUAAACUUAAAAGAUAUAGAAUAUAAUCAAAAUGAUA